AUGGCCCUGCAGCCUUACCAGGACGAGGAUUUGAAUUAUUUCAAAUUUUCUUCCCUUGUGCUCAAAGAAUUCCCAAAAGCCUUGAGGCAGACGUUUAAGACGAUGUGGGACAACACCCAUGGACGUCAUCCUGGUUUUCAGGCUUGGGAUGAUUCUUCUACCGUGAGAAAUUUGUUUGCCACUGCAGAAGGUGGGAGAACCAAAGUUCCUGUCCAUCAAUCAUAUCACGAAUGGGAUUGCACUGCUUUGUUCCAGGCCACUAUUUACUCGCGAACCUUCGCCUUGCAUCACGGGACGCUAAAUGACGUGUAUGUUAAGCCUCGUGGAUUAUCACACGGCCAUUUUCAUCCGUCCGUAGUGAGCAUAACUGGAAACAGUGAGGAAACUCAGGUACUAGCAAUAGAUCAGUUGCGCCUUUUGAGGAAUUCCCUUUGUCACUCGACCAGUUCCAAGAUAACCAAGGUAACCUUUGACCAGUACGUGAAACACGCCAAGGACGCGUUCCAAGCGCUGAAUGUCUCUACAGCUCCAAUUGACGCUGUUGGUAGUUUGUUAGAGUCAGACUUUCCCAUAAAUGAAGUCCGCAGACUUGAGCAGGCUAUCAAAGAAGAAUAUAAAUCGUAUAUAAGGUUUCUUGAAAGUGUGAAGGAAAAAAUGGAAAGCGAUAUUGCAGACAAAGAAGACGUCGGUAUGUUGUCGCGAAAAAUGGAUGAGCUGAAGGCCACGGUGCAAGCUGAGGUUGCUACUCUAUUUACGUCACGUAAGUCUAAGUGAACACCAUUAAAUAAAACCUCCAAUGAUAAUACAAAUAAGCGUUAAAUUCCAAACUAGCGCCUUCCUAAAACCACUGAUGUUUUUCUAUAUCGGAGUUACAUCGCUUUAUAAUAAGUGAAAGACAUUUAUAGCUGUAGCGCAAAUAAGUUCUAGGGGCAGUUGAAUCGUCCAACUCGCGUCAAACUCCUGCGAUUAAAAAAACUAAAAAAACACGAAGACUGUAGUUCCUCGGAUGGUAAAAUAACGGCACGCAAUGCAAGCUUCACACGGUUGCUGCAGCAUAUGAAGCCCUUGACUGAUUGCUGAUGCAUUAUUCCGUCAGCUUAUAAUGUUGUCGCCACUCAUUAAGGCAAAAAUGAGUUGAUGAGUGAGAAUGCAACAACAGGGCUCUAACCAUGGACCUUGGCUCCAUCCAUUGCUUGUUUCCUUCUUCAGUCUCAACUUUACAACAUCCUGCGGCUUUGUCUGAAACAUGCAUGCUGCUUUUUUUCCACUGACUCUUUCAACUCCAUUUCAUGGUGUGCGUCUAGAAGAUGGUUAAAGCAUGCCCAAUCAAAACAGUUUUGACACUGAUAUAUCAUGAUGUCAUAUAUAUGAUGUGUUAUUUUUACCUCCCCGAUUAAUAAGACAACCUGGUUCACUAAUGAUCACUCAUGGCAUCUUUUUUUUUUCUCUUUUAAUUUUCCUACCUCGAUCCGAGCCUGUUGAAGCCUGGUGGUAUGAGUAAUGAGUAGCAAUCAAUCUGACAACCUGUCUAAUAGCAUAAUAGUCCUUGUGCAAUGUAGCAUCAGGGUGAUAGGAAUGAUCUUCUGUAGAUCGAUAGAGCUCGAUAGUCAGAGAGGCACAGUAUGAGCCUAUUCAUCCCAUAAAUGUGGUAUUUACUGCGCUUCACUGUACCUACUUUUGCAUCUUCAGGCAACUGCAAUCAAAAGUCAUGCUAAUUAUCGUGGAAUUUGUAACAUGUUUGGAUUUCUAGAUGUGCCGAGGCGCCUCGUUUUACUCAGUAAACUAAGUUUAGUUAUCAUUUUUAACAGCUCGUCUUCCUGUGCGGAUUGAUUGUGCGGAAAUCAAUGGACUUUGUCCUCAGGGAGGAGCUACAGGGGGGAUAGUAACUCAACAGGAAGCACAGACAGUGCAAAAAGAGGAGUCUUCAAAGGCACAAGCACCUAAUGGAUCCCGAGGAGUGGUCGAAGGAACAGCAGCUGCAGGUUUAGAUCAAGAAAGUGUCAGGAGGGGAGCUGUUCCUACUUCACAGGAAGUUUUAAAUUCAAUUGCGACAAAGUACUUACAGGAACUCAACCCUUCGACACCUGAGGAGUUUAAUAAAUUUAUUCAGUACAUGAAGGAGGUGCGUAAAGUUAUUGUUGUGGAUGUUCAAAGUGGAAGUUUAAUACUCAUACUGGAAUGUAGCUCUCUUCAGAUCCUUGACGAACUCUGGGAAGACUAUUGCACAGGUCACUUAAAUGAAGUGGCACAAAAAUUCCUUGUAACAGAAGAAAUUCUCAAGGAAUUUGGCCUAGCUGAAGUAAAACUCACAACAACUAUUAACGAAGAGGAAUACAAAGCUUGUCGUGAGCUUUUAUUGAAUUCUUCAAGUAAGUAUUAACUGCUUAAUCACAAAUCCUAAAUACACGUACUGGUGUUUAGCAAAACACGGCCUGGAUUUGGACAUACCAAUCUGGUAAGUACCCCGGGUGUGACGUAGUGUGACCCUCCCUUUGAAAAAUUCUAGGUACGCCCCUGAGUUAACAUACGCGAAACUACGGCUCGCCACGAUGCCCUACGUACUCGGGAAACGUGUACGGUGAGAAAAUAAGUUUAAUUAGCAAAUCACCAAAUUUGCACGUGCAUCUUACUUUUUUUCCCCAUUUUUUUGCCAUACUGCACGACCUCGACGUGAAAAUUCCUAAUUUUAUGUCUUAUGGGGGACGUGUCGUAAACAAACAAUGAUGACCUCUUUUCCAAAGGGCGUAAGAAGUUAGGGCGUUGAAACGAGCGGGGUUGAGCGAUCUAGCUGUGAUGCAAGCGUCUGGGUACUACCAAAGAGACAAAACAACAUGGCGGACAUUAUAUUGGACUGUCAGAGAGAUUAUCCAGCGAAAUUUAGCCAUUAUCCCGUGGCAUUCAUUUGCUGCAAGCAAUAGCGAACGAACAAAUUAUUUUUUCUCACGUUCGUUUUCUGUCUUGUUCAAUUUUUCCCCCGCGAACAAAUAUCGGUAUUGAAUAUAGUUCCACCUCCGUGACCUGUAUUAAAAUUUCGUGACUUGGUAAGAAAAUGACAUCACAACUCAGAUGAUAGCACUGACAUCAUUUUUAGACUAAUAUUAUCAGUUCUCUACUUCAGUUUAAUAUCAAGUUGUGUAAGUUAUCAUCUGCUAUGGCAUUUAUUUUUUGCUGUCCAGUUUCAAGGCCAGAUGAUCUGUUUUCACUAUUAAAGUUUGGAUUUGUUGGUGUACAUCAGUAUUGUUCUCUAAACACCUUAUUGAGCUGUCUGCAAUAUUGAGCAUUACAUUUGGACAGAUUGUGAAAACUAAAGUCCGGGUAAAUUUAAAAUUUAAUAGAAUCAUCAUGUUUUAUCUUGUACACUAAUACUACUGUGCAAUGAAGAAGAAGGAUGUGAAAAAAAUAUAAUUCACUGCCCUUGAAAAACUAACAAAGAGGUCGCAAGAACACAAAUAAGUAUCCCAGAAAAUAUUUUUGUUUGAUAAUAACAGCUUUCUGUAAUGAAAUGGUCACUGAAAACUACCCAUGCAAGACAAACUAAGGACCUUUAAAGAAACUAAACAUUCACUAGUCUUACAUUGAAACCAGACAUUGCUAUAUAUAUAUAUAUCUUACAUUACAAAUUCAAAAGUAUAUUGCAAACACGAAAAUUAUACAGAAUUGUGCACAAAUGAAAUACAAAUGGCCUGUAACAGCUAUUAAACCAUUGAAAAACAAACUUUUUAGUGUGGCCAGCAAUCCUAGCACACUUGUAUACUUCAUGUCCAGUAUGAUUCAAUUUCAUUCUUGGUUAAAUUUAUUAACUGCAGCAGGCUUAAUCAAAGUUGAUUCAAAAAUACUUUCCUGUUUCCUUGUCUACAAUAUAUAAUAUUAAGAGAGAGGAUAUAAUGCUAGAAAUAUUAUACAGUAGUACAAUAAAAAGAUAAGGCACCUCCAGGAAAUCGAGUUGGUCCCUACUAUUCUUCAGUCAUUUCCUUUUACUCUCUAUAAGAGUUCAAGACCAGUGUCCAUUCAGACAUUUUGUGCCAAUCCCAAUACAAGAUAUCCAAAGUGGAAAAAAGGGGAUGCAACACCACACUUAAGCCUCUGACGACAAAAAUACAAUGUUGCACAGUCUUAAUUUAUUCUACUGGCAAUCAAAUUAAGACCUCUUCAUGUUCUUCUUCAUAAUCGCGGUAUUAUGAACUCGUUUAUCUUUCAGUGUGUGUCCUAGUAGUAUUUUCAGGCCGGGCACUCACUGUUGUCCUGCAAAAGAGCAUAAUAACAAACACAUUCUAUGAUUUAAUUUUACAGUGGAAUCUUUGUAGGGAUUUGAAAGCAAAUUUCUCCUCAGGCUUCAUUCUGUUUCUGUGCAAUACAACCUUUAGAUUUAUACCACAGUGAAGCAGAAUUUGUUGUUGUUUAUGUAAAGACAGUGUCACAUGCACGAGAUCAUUCGAAUGUAAUUUUCUAGUAGAACUUCAAAAAUAGUCUGAACCUUCUUGGAUCGCGGUUCUAUAACUAAAAAAUUAUUUACCAUCUUAGUGUAUAUUUAAAAAAGAAAAAUCGCUAAACUGGGCAACUGAAUUUAGUAACAAGCUAGACGCCAACGUACAAAACAAAAACCUUAAUUGCUAUCGCCAUUAUGAAGUCAUCUCUUCAGAAGUAAAGAAAUCUUAAAGGUUCAUAAAAGUUCACUCUAAAACUUUGCAUGCACAAACAAAAUUUAUAAAACCAUUACAUAUUUUUUUUGUAGCCGUUUAUUAUCAUUUGGUUUUGACUGGCAAGAUAAAACGCGACCUUCAACCUGUAAUAUUCGAUAGGCCACUUUGACACUACAUAUUAAACAUAAAAGGCGAAAAAACACCUUAACUUACAAGACUUAAAAUUUUCUGUAUAUCGUAUAGAAAUACGCCAAAUAUCAAAUCUAAAGAUAUAAAGCAAUAAAUCCGAACCUACCUCCAGCUAGACGGCGCCAUUUUUCUUGCCCUGACAGCGGAUCGAUAGCAUCCUCGGAGACCCAGGGGCAGUCAGUCGGGCCGGGUUGAAAGUUCAAGCAUGGGCGGAAGAGCCCCUGGGUACCGACUCUCACCGGACCAUUUCCAAACGGUCAAGAGAAUGCUGGUUCCUGAUUGGGCACAAAAAAUGCUUUGUAUUAUUGUGCCCAAUCGGCGAACAGCAUCUCCUGAGUUCUUUUCGUGAGUUCGUACACGACGGCUAUUAUCUCGCCACAGUUGUCCGGUUCGUUCACCAAGCUUUCCUAACGUUUCGGAUGCUAUCAGCAGGAGCAAUUCAAUUUGCACUGAGAAAAUUCUGUUUCUGACGGAUCACAAUGUAUCGCAAAUAAUAGGAAGUUUAAGAUGAAGCGGCGACGCGAAAGUAAAAAAAGAAAUAGCUUGACAAGGCAAAACAACAACUUUGCACGUGCAUCACGCUUUUUUGUAUAUUUCUUUGCCGUCACUGCACGACCACCACGUGAAAAUGCCUAAUUUCACGUUUUGUGAAGGACGUAAACAAGCAAUGACAAAAUUUUCUUUCUCUUUAUGAACCUGGAUAUGGUUGAUAGAAAUUCAGCUCCGGAAGAGUUCGCUUGUAUUUGACAAGUAAGUAAGUAAUGUAUCGGUCAAAUCGAAGCUUCAACAUGCCCCCCCCGGGCAACCCCCCGGGCAUUUGACUUUUUUGAAAAUUAUUGUUCAAAUUCCCCCCUACCCGGGCCAAAAUGCCGUUCAAAUGCCCCACACAAGGGUCCAUGCAGGUGAUCAAAUGCCCCCACCCCGGAAACAUUUCACAGGCACAUAAUGACAGAAAGACGGCAGAAACGCCUUCAGUUGUCGAACAAAAUCUUUAUAAAUACAGCAAAUAAUUCGCAUUCAAUAUAAAAAAACUGAGAAACACUGUUGGCGUAUUUACUACAAACAAACUUCUCGUGCAAAGCGGCGGAAAUCGCUGCUACAAAGUCACUGAAUGCUUAGCUUUUCUUCGUGUGUAAUGCAACAUAGAAAACGUUCUAUAAAAAAAUCCCACCUACUACAUCAUGACCAUGUCACUGACAUGAAUCAUCGCUCACCUUAUACAUGCGGCAGGUCAAAGUAAUAGUAACCUCUGUUGAGCUUUUUAUUGUUGCAUUGAAUCGCUGGUAAUAGGUCAUUGUAAACACAACUUUUAUACAUUCAUGUAUUCAAAACCAAGCUUGUUUAAGCCCUUUCCUCGUAACCAAUUGGCCACAAAGGCACAAUCUUUUCCACGAAAAUCCCCCAACACCGCGUCCCCCAUGAUAGCCCGCCACGCAGGAGAUUUCACAUGAAAAUCGUGGGUGCAGUUCAAAUUCCCCACCCCCAACGCAUGGAGAUCAAAUUCCCUACCCCCUGGAAGACUCUGAUAAUCAAAUUCCCUCCUCCCCGGGACGGCAAAGGUGUCAAAUGCCCGGGGUUUGCCCGGGGGGGGGCAUGUUGAAGCUUCGAUUUGACCGAUACAUAAGUAAGUAAGUAAGUAAGUAAGUAAGUGAGUUGGAACAAUCACGAUAGAGACUAAAAAAUGUGAGUUCACUUUUCAUGCGACGUUUUCGGGGUUGUCAGCUGUCGCGGCAUAUUUUAAAAACUCCCUAAUAUUUACGAAGGCGUGAUCGAUGCAAGCGUGGCUGGAUACCUGUUGUAAUGCACCUAUCAAUGUAAACCCCGUGGGGAGUGCGGGCAAGGGUGGGGAUUUGACAAAUUUUAAAAUUUUUCGAUCAAAUUCCCCAGGGUGGGAAACGAAAGGUCAAUCAAAAGUGUCAAAAAGCCCCCCCCACCCCAGGGGAAAAAAUCUAAACAAACAAUGCUACAAUACUUUAUAAAACGAAGAAAAGAACAUUUCAAACACGUUGUUACUACUUUUAUUUACGGUUAACGGAAGCUCCAUUAAAUUACUCGCUGUAAUUAAGUAUUUUUCUCUCCACUAGCAUCUCUUAUCUUGAACAACAAAAUCACUCCAGGAAGAUUGACCGUGUUAUAUAAUAUUAAUAAAACGUAAAAUACUUUAUAACAUCUGCUCAACAUGUCGGAACAGGUCGGAUCAGUGACCCAUAAAAAAUCCUCUGACUUUCAUGGUGGAAUUCGAUUUCAAUCGAGUUUUACAAUCAGAUGGGAACUUGAAGAUAAAAACUUUGUCAAAAUAGACAUUAUCUGUUUAGAUGACAGUUUAAAGUAUCGGAUUAUGGCGAUUAAAACAAAUGAAAACUUCAUACCUUUCUCCAACAACGUGACUUUCAGGAAGCCUCGAGGGACGGACAAACUGUCGGUCAAAGUCAAAUGUCCCGACCCCGGGGUCGCUUCGCACGAUCAAAAGCCCGACAGCGGGGAUAGUCCCAGGCAUCAAAUCCCCUCCCCUUGCCCGCACUCCCCCCCCCCCACGGGGUUUACAUUGAUAGGUGCAUAAGCUCAAGCUUGUAUUUUUGGAAAAGCGUCUUUAGUUUUCGUGUAGGCAGUGGUUGUCUUCACACUAGGCUGUUAAGUAAGACUUAAGAGCUGCUAAGUAUCUCAUUGAAGUCGGAAAGUUGAAACCAUUCAAGAAAGUUUCAAGUGACUUGAAAACCAUCCUUAGAACCGACUUAGCGAACUUGCGGUUUCUAAGCUUUGAGAAAGGUGAAGCAUGCCAAUCAAUCUUAAUUACGUUGCGUCGGAAAACCUGAAGUUAAAAAGAUAAGUUGUAUGUGAAGCUUUCUUUUACUUGAACAAUUUAAAAUUUACUUGUCUUGAAAUAUUUCUUAGCUUAUUUAGGCUCUAGUGUAAAGACUACCAGUAUUUUGAAAUGUAGCGUUUUUCAAACUGAAAGAUUCCUGACUGCGUGCAUUUCUUUGGUGCAUGAGCCAGACAAGCAGUGAUCGAGUCAAUAACCAUCGUGUACGAACUGGCGAAAAAAACUCAGGAGAUGCUAUUGGCCGAUUGGGCACAAUAAUACAAAGCACUUUUUGUGCCUAAUCAGGAGCCAGCAUUCGCUUGACAGUUUGGAAAUGGUCCGGUGAGAGUCGGUACCCAGGGGCAGGGGCUUUUCCGCCUGUGCUUGAAAACGUUUGUCGCGCCUUUUCUCCCGGCCCUACUGACAGCCCGUGGGUAUCCGAGGAUGGAUCGAUAGCGGAAAGGCCAACUAGUUCCAGUCCUACUCCGCAUCAAAGCUGAAUCAGAGAGCGCGUAUUUGCGUUUUAACGCCCUAGCUUCUUACGCCCUGCUUUUCCCUGUCCUAACUCGGAUAUGAGUUCGCCUACAUUAGACAAAGAACCGACUUGCAAUAAUCACAAAUAAUUUAAAAAGAAUGCGAAUUCACGUUUUAUAAAAAAGCGGCGAUUUGGCGCCUGUCGUAGUCUUAACUUUAGGUAUUGACGCGUGGCCGGAAAAAAACUUCUUCCGGUCACCGUGCUGUCCUUACUAGACUUAUCCGUAGUCCUUCUUAAAAGUCGAUAUUGACAUCACUAAACACUAAUAUCUAAUUACGUUUUUUUGAAAUGAUAUCGCCUGCAUUCCUAUUCAAUGAUUCUACUGAUUUCCUUUGGUCUUUAUUCAGUUAAAUAAAAUAUGUAUUUCCUCUUUUUCUGGUGCUGUAGAGAAUCAAUCUAGUGUUGCUGAUAACCUCUAUCAACUUGGAACCGAGAAACGUGAACAACAAGAUAUCAUAAAAUCAGCCCACGAAUUCGACCAGCGUUCGCCGGACAUACGUAUAAAACUAGUUAGGGAAGAACACCAAAGUACUGCUGACUGGUACUACAAAGUGGGGAUAACACAGCAUAACCGUGGUGAUUUUAAAGCAGCUCUGCAGUCAAAACAGCGUGCACUGGAAAUACGUAUUAAACUGUUUGGAGAAGAACACAAGAGUACUGCUGACUGUUACUACUCACUGGGGGUAACACUCUAUGAACUAGGUGAUUUGAAAGCAGCUCUUCAAUCUCACCAGCGUGCAUUUGGCAUACGUAUUAAAUUGUUUGGAGAAGAACACCAAAGUACUGCUGACUGUUACCUCGAACUCGGAAAAACACAGCAUAAACAAGGUGAUUUCAAAGCAGCUGUUCAGUCUUACCAGCGUGCACUGGAAAUAAGUAUUAAACUGUUUGGAGAAGAACACCAACGUACUGCUAACUGUUACUACUCACUGGGGGUAACACAGUAUGAACUAGGUGAUUUUAAAGCAGCUCUUCAAUCACACCAGCGUGCACUUGGCAUACGUAUUAAACUGUUUGGAGAAGAACACCAAAGUACUGCUGACUGUUACCACUCACUGGGGUUAACACAGCAUAACCUUGGUGAUUUUAAAGCAGCUCUGCAGUCAAAACAGCGUGCACUGGAAAUACGUAUUAAACUGUUUGGAGAAGAACACAAGAGUACUGCUGACUGUUACUACUCACUGGGGGUAACACUCUAUGAACUAGGUGAUUUGAAAGCAGCUCUUCAAUCUCACCAGCGUGCACUUGGCAUACGUAUUAAAUUGUUUGGAGAAGAACACCAAAGUACUGCUGACUGUUACCUCGAACUUGGAAAAACACAGCAUAAACAAGGUGAUUUCAAAGCAGCUGUUCAGUCUUACCAGCGUGCACUGGAAAUAAGUAUUAAACUGUUUGGAGAAGAACACCAAAGUACUGCUGACUGUUACUACUCACUGGGGGUAACACAGCAUAACCUAGGUGAUUUGAAAGCAGCUCGUCAAUCUCACCAGCGUGCACUUGGCAUACGUAUUAAAUUGUUUGGAGAAAAACACCAAGGUACUGCUGACUGUUACUACUCACUGGGGGUAACACAGUAUGAACUAGGUGAUUUGAAAGCAGCUCUUCAAUCUCACCAGCGUGCACUUGGCAUAGGUAUUAAAUUGUUUGGAGAAGAACACCAAAGUACUGCUGACUGUUACCUCGAACUUGGAAAACACAGCAUAAACAAGGUGAUUUCAAAGCAGCUGUUCACUCAAAACAGCGUGCACUGGAAAUACGUAUUAAACUGUUUGAGAAGAACACCAAAGUACUGCUGACUGUUACUACUCACUGGGGAUAACACAGCAUAACCUUGGUGAUUUUAAAGCAUCUCUGCAGUCAGAACAGCGUGCACUGGAAAUACGUAUUAAAUUGUUUGGAGAAGAACACCAGAGUACUGCUGACUGUUACUACUCACUGGGGGUAACACUCUAUGAUCAAGGUGAUUUGAAAGCAGCUCUUCAAUCUCACCGGCGUGCACUUGGCAUACGUAUUAAAUUGUUUGGAGAAGAACACCAAAGUACUGCUUACUGUUACCUCGAACUUGGAAAAACACAGCAUGAACAAGGUGAUUUCAAAGCAGCUGUUCAGUCAAAACAGCGUGCACUGGAAAUAAGUAUUAAACUGUUUGGAGAAGAACACCAAAGUACUGCUGACUGUUACUACUCACUGGGGGUAACACAGCAUAACCUAGGUGAUUUGAAAGCAGCUCGUCAAUCU